AGGUGCCAGAAGAAAAAAAUGUAUGGAGUUGCAGGAGAAACAGCCAUGAUUCCAUUCGAAACCAGUUUGUGAACCCAUUCAUAUGUUAUCCUAAAGGAAACAUUCAGAUGUUAUCUAAUAAGUCCAAAAUUAGCACAAGCCCUAAACACUCGCUCUGGGUGCUGAAGAUUUGCACAACAAUCCGCAUAAAGCGAGCAAAAAAGGGCAUGGAGGUCUUGCACUUGCACCGCGUGCUCCCCAUACCUGUUCCUCAAAACUCCAUCUUUUGGCGUUCAACUGCUACCCAAUUAACCAAAAUUCCCAUUGCAAGGCCGCCAUUGCUUCGGAAAUCAGCACCCACAUCGCAAACUUGCACUGCCAGAGCAGGGUGGUUUUUGGGUCUUGGAGCAGAUACCAUGAAGACAAAUUUACCUGACACUGUCAAAGCCGGUGACCCUGUUCUGCACGAGCCUGCUCGGGAAGUUGAUCCCAAUGAGAUAAAGUCGGAGAAAGUGCAGAAUAUCAUUGAUGACAUGAUUCGGGUCAUGAGGAAGGCUCCUGGAGUUGGUCUAGCUGCUCCCCAGAUUGGAAUUCCUUUCAGGAUAAUUGUUUUGGAAGAUACCAAAGCGUAUAUUAGUUAUGUCCCGAAGGAAGAGGCUAAAGUCCAAGAUAGAAGACCUUUUGAUCUUUUGGUCAUCCUGAAUCCCAAGCUAGAGAAGAAGAGCAAGAAGACUGCUCUAUUUUUUGAAGGGUGUUUGAGUGUUGAUGGGUUUAGAGCACUGGUGGAGCGAUCCCUUGAGGUUGAGGUUACAGGUUUGGAUCGCUAUGGUGCACCAAUCAAAAUAAGCGCUUCUGGCUGGCAGGCCCGGAUUUUACAACAUGAGUGUGAUCACUUGGAUGGAACUCUGUAUGUUGAUAAGAUGGUACCUAGAACUUUCAGAACUGUGGACAACCUUGACCUGCCUCUUGCUCAGGGGUGUCCCAAACUUGGCCCUCGCUAACCCUGCUUUUCAGCCUUCAAUUGUCUCUGUAUAAGGAAUUGAAUACAGAUUUCUAAUGCCUGUUAGUGACUUCUGUAAAUCCUAAAUGAAACCAGAUUCAGUGCCACCAUUUUUGCCAAGAUUAGCCAUUGCACUACACACUACCAAUUAAUGUGCAAGUUUCAAUGUUGUAUCAUGUACUUUGGAAUGAAAUUCUGAGUUGUAGAUUAUGAAGUUUGGAUAUUGAUGA